AGCGAUGCUGCAGGCAGUCCUCUUCUGGGUCGUGCUUGCUGCGGUUCUCCCACCUCCGACCUGCCAGUCGUGUUUCCAGGGUAAAGCAGCUCAGUGUCAGAAGGCAGAUUUCGCUCCUGGAUCUGACCUGGCAGGGGAAGGCUUUGACAUCACCAAGAUGCAGCGAAAGGGGGCCUUCGUCAUCGAUAUGAGCACCUGGAUGACCAAGAACAAGACCUGCACCCUCUGUAAAAACCCCUACAUGGAGGGGAAGAAGCAGAAGCUUCCCCGUUCAGUGGUGGACUGGAGGCCCAGUCAGAAGUGCAGCAUGAAGGUGUCCAGUUCAGUUUACCAGACCAGUGAAUCCCUGCUCACCUCCAGCACCUCUUCUAUUGACAACAACUGGAAAGCAGGUUUGGGAAUUGAUGCUGUAAAAGGUGCAGGGUCACUAAUGCUGGCCGGUUCUAAUUCCAAACUGGCCACGUACUCGAUGGAGAAGACCAAGAAGGACAAAUUCAGCUUCACCAGUCAUUCAGUGUCAUGUGGAUACUACAGGUACAGGGUUUCCGGCCAUCCUCUUGUGCACCCAGAGUUGAAGCUUGAACUCAGAAAACUUCCUAAGAGAUAUGACAAUAAAACCAAGCAGAGCUUCUACAAACUCAUCGACAAGUUUGGUACUCAUUACAUCACCAAGGUAACCUUGGGAGGAGCGGUCCAUGCAGUCACAAGCAUCCAGCAGUGUCAGGCAGCCCUGCAGGGUCUGAACGUGGACGAGGUGAAGACGUGUCUGAGCGUGGAGGCCUCUGUCAGCGUGGUGGGAAAGGUCAGCUCAACAUCAGCAUAUGAACACUGUCGUAGGUUUGAGGAAAAAUCUCUGCAGAAGAAAAGUUUCUCCAGUAGCUUCACUGACAGGCUUACAGAUGUGAUUGGUGGACACACUGAGAAUGCUGAGCUUCUGUUCUCUGCUGAUAAAGACCCUGCUGCCUAUAAGGAGUGGCUCUCCUCUCUGCCCAAACACCCUGAAAUCCUUUCCUACUCGCUCGACUCCCUCCAUGAGCUGCUGCCCAAAAAGAAGCCCAUGCGAGAGCAUUUACGGAACGCCAUCAAAGAUUACAUCCUACAGAGAGGCCUGUUAAAAAACUGCUCAAAACCUUGUAAAGCUGGCAUCAAAACCGACCCCAAAGAGCCGUGCAUCUGCAGCUGCCACAACAACAAGGGGGUCAACUGUGACUGCUGCCCCACCCGCCGUGGCCUGGCCCAGAUCACCGUCACUGCAGUCAGAGCAACAGGACUGUGGGGAGACUACUUUACAUCUACAGAUGGAUAUGUCAAGAUCGUACGCAAUGGCAAGCUGAUUGCACAAACUUCCGUGAUCUGGAACCAGAACUCACCUACCUGGAACUGGGACUUUAAUCUGGACAUUAAAGACCUGUCUGAUUUUAGCAGCGUGAGCAUACAGGUAUGGGACCGGGACAACAAAUGGGAUGAUGACCUCUUAGGGGCUUGUGUGGUCCAGCUCAAAGCAGGAGUAAAGAAUGAUCUCUGUCACCUGAAUCAUGGAGUUCUUUACUAUAAAUUCCAGGUGACUUGCAUCCCGAGUUUAUCUGGCUCCUUAUGUUCCGAGUACGUGCCCUCUCCCAUUUCUCCCGAGCUGGAGAAGCUGUAUGUUUCUCGCCAUGCCAGACGUAUUCCAGCAGACAUGCUGCUGGAGAUGGGGGUGCUUUUAGACGAGCGCAUUUUCAGUUUCAAUCAGAGUCACCAGUUUAAUUCAGGUCUCAAAACUAAAAGUACAGUUCUGUGAUGAAGGGGGAGGUCAUGGCAAUAUUUGUUGAUGAGGGAUACUGCAUUGCUAUUUCUUGCUGGGUGAUCGCUGCGCUAUUUGUUGAUGAGGGAGAUUGUGGCGCUAUUUGUUGUUGGGGGAUUGAAGCACUAUUUGUCAAUGAGGGAGAUUGCAGCGCUAUUUGUUGUUGGGGUGAUUGAAGCACUUUUUGUUGAUGUGGGAGACUGUAGUGCUUUUUGAUGAGGGAGCACUAAGUUGAUGAGGGAGAAUGUGGCGCUAUUUGUUGACAGGGGAUCGCAGCACUAUUUGUUGAUGAGGGAGAUUGUGCCGCUAUUUGUUGACAGGGGAUCUCAGCAAUAUUUGUUGAUGAGGGAGAUUGUGCCGCUAUUUGUUGACAGGGGAUCUCAGCCAUAUUUGUUGAUGAGGGAUACUGCAUCGCUAUUUCUUGCUGGGUGAUCGCUGCGCUAUUUGUUGAUGAGGGAGAUUGUGGCGCUAUUUGUUGUUGGGGGAUUGAAGCACUAUUUGUCAAUGAGGGAGACUGUAGUGCUUUUUGAUGAGGGAGCACUAAGUUGAUGAGGGAGAAUGUGGCGCUAUUUGUUGACAGGGGAUCUCAGCACUAUUUGUUGAUGAGGGAGAUUGUGCCGCUAUUUGUUGCUGGGGGAUCUCAGCACUAUUUGUUGAUGAGGGAGAUUGUGCCGCUAUUUGUUGACAGGGGAUCGCAGCACUAUUUGUUGAUGAGGAAUUUGCGGCGCUAUUUGUUGAUGGGGGAUUGCAAUACUAUUUGUUACUAAGGGAGAUCAUAGCGCUUUCUGUUGGCAGGGGAUCGCAGUGCUAUUUGUUAGUGGGCGAUCACUGCAUUAUUUGUUGAUGAGAGAGAUCUUGGCGCUAUUUAUUGAUGGGGGAUCACAGCAUUAUUUGUUGAUGAAAGAGAUUGUGGCGCUAUUUGUUGAUGGGGGAUCACAGCAUUAUUUGAUGAUGAGGGAGACUGUGGCACUAUUUGUUGAUGGGGGAUCACAGCACUAUUUGUUGAUGAGGAAUUUUUGGCGCUAUCUGUUGAUGAGGGAUUGCAGUACUAUUUGUUAAUGGGGAGAUUGCAGCGAUUUUUGUUGACAGGGGAUCGCAGCAUUAUUUGUUGAUGAGGGAGAUUGUGGCGCGUGAAGGGGAUCGCUAUUGUUUAAAUCUGCUUCAAAACGCAACUUGUUAAGUUUGUAAAAUUGUAAAAUAUAUCAUACAUGUCGCAUAGAAUGUUUUUGACAGUGUGAAUCUAACAGUUGUUAUUUACUUUUUAUUAAAAUGAUCUGAUAAAUUAAUGAAUAGAUAAAUAGAAAGUAGAAUAGAAAUAUAAUUUGAAAUGAAAUCUUUUUUAUUCACCCACAU